AUGCCCAAGACACGUACUAGCCGCUUUAAUCCUAUGGUGAUGACUGCUGCGGGUGAGAAUCCCCGUAGGGAGCGAAAAGUAGAGAGCACAAGACCGCACAGAAGGAGCCAUCGCUCGAAGGACGCCGACGAGAGAACUAGGUCCAAGUCCUCCGGCAGUCGAGGGCGUGGCGAGAACAACGACGAAGGUGAACACCGACGCAAGAGGAAAUCAGGAUCGCGCAAGCGCGACAGAGAUGACAGCAGGAGGCGUAAGGAGAAGUCCGAGACGACCGUCGCGGGAUCAACGUAUGAACUCAGUGGUGCGCUGUCUCGAUCCUUCGACUUCGUCAUCAGCCCGGUGCCCGUGACACGUGGCGCCCUGCCUCGGCCUGAGCUUACGCGAUCCAGCGAAGCCCAGCUUGGAUCGAGCAUGUGGCUUGUAGAUAGAAACUCUUCCGACAGCUCUCAAGCGGUCGCUCCGGGCGUGAAGUCGUCGUUGCGGAAGCCCUUCGCGCCUUCGCGGAAGGAUGAGAAACGCGAAGUCAAUGUUAUUUCCGCGUCAUCGCAACUUUCUAAUAAAAAGUCUAAGCGCUCGUCUAAAAGAUCUUACAAGAAAAAGAAGACAUCGGGGGCAGAGAAGGAAACAGAAAAAGAAGAACCAAAUGAGUUGCCGACAGACGGCGCAAUGUCCCCACCCAGCGGGCAAGGCAGUGGCGCAACAAGCCCACAACAAAGAUCAGAACCGAGGUUGAAGCCCAAGUCAAGGUCAAAGUCGAAGCGGAAAUCGAGAGAGGAUAAAGAAAGUGAAGCGGACAAGGAUGGCGAGAAGAGUCCUAAUGAUAACGGGAAACGCAAGAAGUCCAAGCGAACGUCCAGAGAGCACAAGGAUGAUGGCGAAGAGAGUCCAACGGAAAAAGAACGGAAGUCCAAGCGGAAGUCUAGAGAAGAUAAAGGAACCAAGGCGGACAAGGAUGCCGGAGAGGAAAGUCCUAAAGAAAGACAGGAACCGAAGUCCGGAAAAGAUAAAGAAACCAAAGCGGACAAGGGUGCCGAAGAGGAAAGUCCGAAGGAAAGGAAGGAACGGAAGUCCACGCGGAAGUCCAGAGAAGAUAAAGAAGCCAAAGCGGACAAGGGUGCCGAAGAGGAGAGUCCGAAGGAAGGGAAGGCACGGAAGUCCAAGCGAAAGUCCAAAGAAGAUAAAGAAACCAAAGCGGAAAAGGGUACCGACGAGGAGAGUCCGAAGGAAGGGAAAGAACGGAAGUCCAAGCGAAAAUACAGAAAAGAUAAAGCAACCAAGGCGGACAAGAGUCGAGGAGAAGCGAGUCCACAGGAAAGAAAGGAACGGAGGUCCAAGCGAAAGCCCAGAAAAGAAGAAACCGAAGCGGACAAGAGUCCAGGAGAGGAAAAUCCGAAGGAAAGAGAGGAACGGAAGUCCAAGCGAAGGACGAGAGAUAACAAAGGAAAGGAAUCGCCCGGGCACUCAGGCAAUACGAGUCCACAAGAAGGCGGGGAGCGCAAGAAACGCGGGAGACACGUUAAGAACGACAGAGACCGGAAACACCGAAGACAUCGAAAGAAGUACAGCCCGAAAGGCGCCCCGGAGAACGGGACAACGAAUUCCUACUUCUUUCAGUGGGAUACUGGCGACGUCCCAAGCGUAGCAGGUGUUCAUCGGGAUCUCAUCUUUAGUACACGCCAAAUGGAGGGCGAGUCUCCAAUUGGGAGUCCGGGCACAGAAACGGACACUUUGCCUUUCAGUUCAUUUUCGACGUCUACGCUGCCAGAUAAGAAGCGUCGACCGGACAGUGGCCGAACAGGCAAUAAGUCUGAUCAGAGGGCGACCAGUAGAAGAUCCGGGCGCCCCUCGAAGCGCUCGAAGCACGACAGGCAUCACAGAAGUCGCAGAGGCCAUGGUCGUCAUCGCAGCCGUAAGGGCCGAGAAGAGGCUACGAGUCCUAGAAGCCCACCAAGCGGAAAAAUUACCCCGGCCGAGUCGCGUAGUCCACCAAGUCUUACGAGUCCAGCAGGUCCUGGCAGUCCCGCAGGUCACGUUAGCCCAGCAAGCCCUUCUGGCAUGAUCAGUCCUGACGGCCUUAAGAGCCCGUCGAGUCAGUCUCCUACAAGUCAGGAAAGUUCGCUGAGCCCGGAAUCCUCUAGGAAGAAGUCCCCACACCACAGGCAUGGAAAGAAGCACAGACGCGACAAGAAGCACAAGCGAAGGGGCUCUCCAAGAGACAAAAGUCGUUCCAGGGCGUCCAAAAGAAGCCGCUCCAAACAUCGGCGUUCCAAGAGUAGCAGAUCAGAGAGAGAAACGGAUAGAAGUCCGAGAAAGGCGGAGAGUUCGAGCGUUUCACCUGAAAGCACCGUAUCUGGCGGCUCGAAGCGUCAAAAAGGAAGCCGGUCACAUAGUGGCCGGUCCCGAACCCGAAGUGGAAGCCAUCGUAGUGGCAGGUCUAGCCGCGGAUCGAAAAAUAGGAGCAAGAGGAGGAGCUUAAGCUCUGAGCGAAGUCGCGAGAGGUCUCGCAAGAGCAGCAGUCGCGAUAGGAAUACCGAGACGAGUACGAAGAGUCGCGACGCAAGUAGAGAAGACAAAAUUAGAAGAAAGAGAUCCCGAACUAGGACGAAAUCGAGAAGCAGGCAUAGUAGCCGUAGCAGAAGCAGCAGGAAAUCGCGAAGUCGUAGUCAGAAAUCAAAUAGCAGGAGCACAUCUAGAAGUGGAGGCAGCCGCAGAUCCAGAAGCAAGCGAGGCAGGGAGUCUGAAAGCGUCAGCAGAAGUUCGCCGUACCGAACCUCAUCGGCUACAAGGAAACACAGGGGAAAGAAAAGGCACCAUAGACGCAGACACAGGAAAGGCCACGACAGGUCGCCCCACCGGAAGUCUCGUUCACUCACGACCCGGAAGAAGCAAGGAGACGCCGUUACGGAAAGUUAUGCAGCCCAGUCUGCACCGGCCUACCUCUGUCUGCUGUUGUCGAGUCUGGCCGCCACGCUGACCAUGGUAACGUGCGUGAUGAUGGUAUAUUACGUCAUCACCUGCAAGAAACAACUUGGGGCUACUAUCCAUGCGGUUCCCAGUGGUACUACCCAACACAAGUAUCCCGAACCAUGGCACGAGCCGAUCGGCCCGGAAGUCGUCCCAGGCACGCCAAAAGCUAUCCAGGUGUAUUACUGCACGACAGACCACUGCAAGCGGGAGGCACGGUACAUCGGGAGACUCCUCAGCCAACAAGAGCGGCCGUGUGAUAACUUCUACAAGCACGUUUGCAACGUUUGGAUGAGCGAGCAUCCGGCCCACGCUUUAAGCAGUGGGUCGGUGGUCUCGCGAGACACACUGCUCCAGGAUAACAUUGCGCGCCAGCUUGUCGCCGUUGUCAGCAGCGCGAAUCAACGAGACGUUCAGGUAGCGGCGAACCUUUACAAGGCCUGUGCCGACAGAAGUCGCAGCGCCGGGACAUCCAAGGAGGCCAUUGGCGCGCUGUUUUCCCAGUGGAAAAUAGAGAAGUGGCCCAGAAAUGCCGCGGUGGAGGACAUAAGGGCGGUGUGGACCUUUGCUGCUGAACUGAGCCGAGACUUGAAUCUGGCAACACUCGUUCGUGCCGGCGUCGGUACCGAUCCUGACAAUGUGGAUGUCACAGCUAUUGAGCUAUCCCAACCUCGUUGCCUCUACACUCGCGUCGGCAAGGACAAUAAAGAAGCCGAGGACCUUUUUAUCGCAGCAGUGCGCGAAGCUGCCGCUGAAAUCGGAGACUCGGGUGUGGCUGCCGACGCCCUUGGCGGCCAAAUGUGGUCAGCGUGCACUCUCAUCGCAGCCGCGUGCCGCAGUGGUUACGGGGACGACCGCGUCACUGUCGUCAAGUUCGGACAGCUGAAGCAUUUGGGGCUGCAGACGUUCCUGACCGUCCUACUGGACGGCGGCAUCGGCGGCGCCGACAACGUGGUCCUCCACUCGGUCCACAAUUUCCUGCGAGAACUGCAGGGAGCCUUGCAAACGGUGCCGCCUCUGGACGCGCUAAACUAUCUGGGUUUCCUCGCAAUCGUCCACGUGGCGCCGUUCCUCCCCGAUGAGCUGCGAGGCCUGCGAUACCUGUUCACCGAGGUUCGCCUGGGCCGCAUGGUCGGCGACGCCAAGGACGACACCCCGUUGCUGUGCGCUCGGCUCGUCGAACGGGCUCUACCGGGUUGCUUCGCGAAGGCGGCCCACAUGUGGCGCCUGUCCAACGGCCAGGAGAUGUCGACGCGAGAGUGGCUGUCUCAGUUAGAAUCGGUUUUCCUGAGGCACGUCGCCGACUUUCCCUGGAUGAGCGAGCUGUCGUCGCUGUUGAUACGCUACCGCGUCAAGCGACGCGCCCUGACGCAGUUCGGCCAGUCUCUCGGCGAGCGGCGAGACUUUAGGCGAGAUGGUGCUUGCGCGCCUCUGGACGAACGGCUGGACGCCGAAUACCCUUUACUGUUCUUCGCCAACGUCUCUCGGCGUCGGCAAGCCCAGAAGUUCCGUGAACUGCGUGGCGACAGCGCGCUGUUGAGGCGAAGCGUCGCGGGUUCGGAGUUCUCCACCGAGGCUUCCUUCCGCCGCUCGCUGCGGGUGGUCCACGUGCCGGCGGCGCUGUUCAACGCGUCCGUGGCGAGCAACAGCUCGUUCUUCGUGUUCCACCUCGCGCGCGUGGCCGUCCGGUUCUACCGGGCUCUGGUGCAGCUGCUGUACGAGGACCCGUACGAACGCGACGUGCCGGUGGGCUUCACGGACGACUCUCGGGCCAAGCUGGACGCUCUGCUGGGCUGCUUCGACGGCGACGUCCAGUCGAGCCUCGCCGCCUUCUCCACCGCGCCGACGCCGGAGGCCGUCUCGCAGCUGCGUCGGGCUUUCCUCGACAGCACGUCGGCGCUGCUGCUGGCGAUGAAGGCGUUCGAAGAGCUCCUUCCCCUCAGGCGAAUCUGGAACCUCGACCUGCGGCUCGCCGGCCUCGAAAGCUCCUCCGCGAGGCAGCUGUUCUUUAUCUACUUCGCGUUGGACAACUGCCAGUCGACGGCCCCCGCUUUCCACAGGUCGUUGAUGUCCGCGGAAGACAGGGUCAACGUCCCGCUCAAGCACAUCAAGCAGUUCGCCGAGGCCUACCACUGCAAGCCCCAGGAUCCUAUGGCGUCAGCUAGGCACGGCUCGUGUUCCGUGAUGCGUCGCGACCGCCCAGAGCAACCGACGCAGCGCUGGGAGUAUCGAGAACCCGACCGAUCAUCGCCUUCCGGGGUUUCGCGGGUGCACCCGUAAACAUUACGAAACCGCGGACGCUAUGUACGCUUACUCAUACUAUAGACAUAAACAUUAAUUCGUUUUUGCACGCUCUGGCGAUACGAUACUUUGCGAUGCUCUGCAUCGAUCAAUGUGAACGCGCAUCAUGUGGCGU